AUGUUUCUGAGAUCGCAGCGAACCGAAAAGAAAAAAAAUCUCCCGUACCUUAUCCGGCUCCCUCCCCGUCGCGCACUUUCCCUCGCAACCACCCCACCAGCAACCCCCCGACCAACGGCCCACCCGGCUCCGGCGCGCCUACCGGUCCCGCCUCCUUCCGGCUCCGGUGCGCCUGCCGGUCCCGCCUCCUUCCAGCUCCGGCGCGCCUGCCGGUCCCGCCUCCUUCCGGCUCACCGCCGCCCCAGCCUCCUACGGGCGCGGGGCCGUCGGCGCGAGGCCGCCGCCGCCCCCACCUCCUCCUGGCCCGCCGGCGACCCUGCCUCUUCCUGCCGUGGCCGCCGCCUCCUCCAGGCACGCCGCGCCCCUGCCUCCUUCCGACGCGAGGCCGCCGCCUCCUCCAGGCACGCCGGGGCCCCUGCCUCCUUCCGGCUCAAGGGCACUUCCGCCACGAGGUUGAAUUUCACCCUGCAUCCCCGACGUAGAGCUGCUCCGGCUCCUCCCCCGCUUGCUGCCAGGUCUGUCUCUCCUUCCUCCCCUGCUCGCCGUCCUGUGCGGCGGUGGACGUGGCUACUUGAUGGAGUGAAGCCGGCCUCCGAGCACCGGCAGUUGCACUGCACCCUGCAAAAAAAAGAACAGCCGCAAGUUCAUAAUCAGAAAAAUGAGGAGUUCAAGAAGAACAAAGGGACAACCAUGUUGAUGGCGAUUGAAAAAGGAUUCUGAAAUAAUAUUAUUGAGACUGAAGACCAAGUUUGAUAAUGCACGAUGUCAGAGGAUUCCAGGGCUUUCUCUGAGGUGGUUGAUGGCUUCCGAGAAAUGCGUUCAUAUCUUACAAGUUUCAGGGGUUCAAGUUCAUUUAUAUAAGAAGGAAUGCCAAUUUUGUUGCACAUCUGUGUGUGAAAGAGGCGCUAAAACUUGAUGUGCUUACUAUUUCUUUUCUUGUAACACCUAGCUACAUCACGUGGUUUCAAUAUUUUUGACUGCCAUGGCCCGACACCUCCUCCAUCUUGGUGCCGCCGUCAUGACCUAGCCUACAUUUGCUGGUUGCUGCUAGCUGCUGUUGUUGCGUCCUGCCUCGCCGUCUAACUGAUGUUAGUGCGCUGCUGCUGCAGUUCAACUAGAGUGGGAGAGAGAUUUCUUUGAGAGUUUAGCUGCUGCUGCUGUCCUUAAUUUUUGUUUUUGAACUUGCUGGUUAAAGAUAAUGAUGUUGCUUUCUACA